AUGGGCGACCACGUCCUAUUCUUCUAUGGCACCCUAAUGGCCCCCCAAAUCCUCCACCGCGUAAUCCACGGCUCGCCCACCCCCGAAGCAUGGCAAAAGGCCCUCCUCACAUUCAAGCCCGCCGUGCUGCACGGGUAUCGCCGUCAUCGGGUGCGGGGGGCUGAUUAUCCGGGUAUUGUGCGGGUUUCUUCCAUCACCCCUUCUACCUCUACUUCCACUGGGGAAGACACGAAAUCUUCCACCGGAGAACUAGAUAAAACAGUCUCCGUCCUAGGCACGGUCGUAUCAGGCCUAACCCAAGGAGACCUCCACCGGCUAGACAUCUACGAAGGCACAGAGUACGCCAAAGAGCGCGUGUCAGUGCGUAUCCUGCAAGAAUCUCUCCCGACGAGCGAAAACACCUUUCUCUCCAGCGACGGGGCCACCAAAACAGACACCCAUCUCCGCGCCGUCCUCUCAGCAGCAGGCGCCGACUUCGCCGACGAGAGCGAGGAAGUCCUCGCCGAUACGUACGUGUGGAGUGCGGGCGCGGAGAUGCUGGAGUCGACCGAGUGGGAUUUCGAGGCGUUUAAGAGGGAUAAGAUGGCUUGGUGGGUUACUGCAUCGGAGGAUGAGUGGUGA